AUGUUCAUAGGAAAGCACAAAAGAGCAAAAACUACUCCUCAACCCCAGAACAGGUCUCAAAAACAUGUUCUUAAUGAAAGAUAUAAUGCUCAUGUGAAGUCUUAUUAUUACUAUGAAUUUGUUAAAAGUCUUAGUGACGAAAAUACAGAUUUAUUUCCUCGAGAUGCUCCAAUCGAGAAUCCAAGAAUAUGCAUCAUCGGCGCCGGAAUGGCUGGACUAUUCUCAGCUCUUCUCUUGAAUGAAGCCGGAAUAAAAGGUAUCACCAUUCUUGAAUAUCAAGAUCGUGUUGGUGGACGUGUUCAUACCCAUUACUUUACCGAUGAUCCUGAUGACGAAAGACGUUUGUAUGGGGAACUUGGUGCAAUGAGAUUGCCUUAUACUGAAGGUCGUCCAGAUCUUUCCGUCCAUCAGAUAGUUUUUGAUACGAUUGAAUACCUGAACGAGUACAAUAAGAACGAUGACCCAGAAAAAGAGAUCAAAACUAUUCCUUUUAUAAUAAGUAAUCCAAAUGCUUUGAGUUAUUACAACGAACAAAAAGAUCCAUCUGGUAAAAUCAUGACCAAAAAUUUCUCUGGGAAUGUAGAAGCCAGUCAGCUAGGUUUCCCAGAUACAAUCCCACCCGAUUUUACGAGUCUUUUGAGCGAAGCGUUACUGCCUUUCUUUAAUGAGUUAAAUGCCGAUUUCACGAAGGGACUUGAAUUAUUAAAGCAUUAUGAUCAAUAUUCUAUCUAUUCUUUUUUAAAGGAAGUCUUUCUUCCCGCAAGAUUGCCAACAAGAUGGGAAGACUAUGAUGAAAUUAUCGGUGCCAUUGAAAUGCAAAAAUCAAGUGGCACAGGCGCGUUUAACUUGGGUUUCGUUGAUUUUGUUGCUGAAACGCAUGCAUUUGAAGGUUUUGAAGGCACUAAACAUUCUAUAAAUUGGAAAACCAUUGACAAGGGAAUGCAAAGAUUACCAAAUGCCUUUUUGCCAAUUAUCAGGAAGGAAAAGAUUGACUUGAGAUAUAAUAGUAAAGUUUACAAGUUGGAAAAAGCCGAAAAUGGUAAACAAGUGAAGGUAUAUUGGAAAUCUAAGGAAAAGAAAGAAUUUGAAAUCUUUGAUAGAGUGAUUCUCACUCCUCCAUUGGGUGUCAUCUAUCAUUGGGAUCUACCAAAAUUAUCGUAUGGCAAACGACGUGCAAUUCGCGAAUUGAAUUAUAUUCCAUCAGUAAAGAUAUUUCUUCAAUUCAAGUCACGCUUCUGGGAAAAUAACGGACAACCCACGACGACCGGUAUUGGAAUUGUCGGAGGUGCCACGACUACAGAUCUUCCGAUACGUAGAGUGAUCUAUCCUUCAUAUUACGUUGGUUUACCUAUAAAUGGAUCCGGAGUCCUCUGUGCAUCCUAUAAUUUUGAGAAUGAUGCAUUAAGAUACGGUCCAUACAGCGAGGAAGAACUGUUUGAACUUGCAUUAAAGGACAUAGUAAUACUUCACGGUGAAAUAGCACGUGAAGAAUGGAUUCCGGGUAAAAAGAAUAAUAAAGCACAAGUCUGGCAAAAUGAUAAAACGGUUAUCGGAGACUUUGCAGCGUUUACACCCGCACAACUAGGAAAAUUGAUGGCAUCUAUAAUGAGACCGGAAGAAGGAAUUUAUUGGGCAGGGGAACAUACCGAUAUACAUCAUGGUUGGAUUUCUGGAGCCUUAAAUUCGGCGGUUAGAGUCGUUAAAGAGAUAUUGUCAGAAAAUUUAAUGAAGGAUAGAUGGAUGAAACUUAAAAAAUUACGGUUGUUACAAUAUUGGAAUGGAAACCUUGAAGCUUUUGAAG